UGCAAUGUUUUGUCCCGCUUCGGCCGCCGUAUACCACGCUUGCAGAGCAUGCGGGCGUACGGUGUCCGCCGAGGGACACAGUGCACGCGUUGGGAACCUGCAUGUCAUGGCUUCGCGGCUCGGGAAACGGGCGGCAGCGGGAGAGGACGAACAGCCUCCCCUACAGGCCGUUCUAAUCGCUGACAGCUUCAACCGGAGAUUUUUCCCCAUCACCAAGGACCGCCCUCGGGCUCUUCUACCAUUAGCUAAUGUGGCUCUGAUAGAUUACACUCUUGAAUUUCUUACUGCAACUGGCGUUAAAGAAACAUUUGUGUUCUGCUGCUGGUUGGCAAAUGAAAUAAAAGAACAUUUGAGGAAUUCCAAGUGGUGUCGAUCUACAAGUCCCAAUGUAGUCCGUGUGGUGACAUCUGAACUUUACCGGUCUCUUGGAGACGUCUUGAGAGAUGUUGAUGCCAAAUCCUUAUUGAGAUCAGACUUCAUUCUAGUCACUGGGGAUGUGGUCUCCAAUAUCAACAUUGAAGCAGCUCUGGAGGCACAUAGGACACGCCGAAAGCUGGAGAAGAAUGUGUCUGUGAUGACCAUGAUUCUCAAGGAGUCUUCCCCACGUCAUCGCACAAGGUGCCAGGAGGACGAUGUCAUCAUUGCCAUGGAUAGCAAAACAAAAAGAGUACUUCUCUUUCAGAAGAGCCAGGAUCUAAAGCGGUUCCAUUUCCCAAUGAGCAUAUUCCAGAGUAAGACUGAUGAAGUGGAACUACGGCAUGAUUUGCUGGAUUGCCAUAUCAGUAUCUGUUCUCCCCAGGUUGCAGAACUGUUCACAGAUAACUUUGAUUAUCAGACAAGGGACGAUUUUGUCCGUGGCAUUUUAGUAAAUGAAGAGAUCUUAGGAAAUCAGAUCCACCUUCAUGUAACCCAAGAAGAGUAUGGUGCCCGGGUAUCCAACCUGCUGAUGUAUGAAGCUGUGACCUUAGAUAUCCUGUGCCGCUGGCUCUACCCUCUUACCCCAGAAACAAAUUUCACUGACCAAGAGUCCCAGUGUUGUACACACGCCCGUCAUAAUAUAUACCGAGGGUCAGAGGUUAGCCGAGGCCAUGGUAGCACUCUGCGAGAAAAUGUGCUGAUUGGGAGCAAUACCACUAUUGGAGCAAACUGCAACAUCAGCAACACUAGCAUUGGAAGAAAAUGCAGUAUCGGUGACAGAGUUACUCUGGAGAAUGUGUACAUCUGGGAUGGGGUUCACAUUGAAGAUGAUGUCACUAUCAAAACGUCAAUCAUUUGCGACAAUGUGAUUGUAAAAAAAAGGGUGCAGAUAAAUGCCAACUGUGUCCUAACUUCUAAGGUGGUUGUGGGCCCAGACCUGCAGAUCCUAGAGAGUACAGUAAUUUCUCUACAUCAUCCAGAUGAGGAUGAAGAGGACGAGGAUGAAUUUAGUGACGAUGCAGAACAUGGAAAACUAAAAGAGAUUUCAAAGGUCAAAGUAUACAACAAAGAUGAAGUUGGAUCAGAAGGUAAAGGAUAUGUGUGGAAAUCUUCAAAGAUGACAGAGGAUGAAGAAGAGGAUCUGCAAAUAAGUUUGUGGGGCCUUACUUUGACCACUGUGGAAGACAGUGACAGUGAGAGUGAGAAAAGUGUUGGGUCGGAGUUGAUAGAUAGUCGCACAGUUUCCCCAGUGCUUGAUGAUAUUAAAGUGUUUCAGAAUGAAGUUGUUGGAACGUUACAGAGAGGUUUGGAUGAGAACAUUUCUUGUGAUAAUCUGGUGUUAGAAAUCAACUCAUUGAAGUAUGCUUAUAACAUCUCCCUGUCGGAGGUAAUGCAGGUGUUGUGUAAAGUGACCCUGGAGUUCCCUUUGCUGCAGCUGGAUGUGGAACUUGACACAAACCCAUAUUUCAGCUCUCUUCUCCCGCUAAUGAAGAGAUGGACACCAGUAUUUAAAAAUUAUAUAAAGCGUGCUACAGAUCACCUAUGUUUUUUAGGGGCCGUUGAGGAAUUUUUUUUGGAUCACGAGUCUCUCUGGGCUGCUAUUGCAAAGGUGCUGAUGGGGUUCUACCAGCAGGAUGUGGUAGCAGAAGAGAUGAUUCUUCGCUGGUUCUCAAAGACUGAUAUCACAGAAAAAGGCCGGCAGCUGCGCAAGAGACAGGUGCUACAGAAAUUUAUACAGUGGUUAGAGGAAGCUGAAGAAGAAUCCUCAGAAGACGAGUGAUAAAUAGGAGGUACUUGCUUCUCAUGCCCUCAUACAAUAUUUCAGUCUGGUGACCUUUUGAGUUUGACUCACCACUGUGACCUAUCUCUACAGCAGUCAGUGGAGGACAACAUCCUGAGGACUUCUCCACUGACAAUUUGUUUAUGGCCUGUGGUUUGCAGCUCUUUGUUCCCUGGAUUCUAAAAAGAUCGUCUUUGCUAGUCACAAGAACAUCUGCACUCCCUCCAUUAGAAUGUAGUGAGGUUUGUCAACGCCAGUAAUCCGCUUUUAUACCUCACUACCUGAGCAUUCAGUGCUCUUCUAGGGAACUUGCAAAUUUGAAGCCACUGAUUGCGACCUGGGGGUUCAAGUCUGCAUUAACUGAGGAGUUACUGUCUCACACGUUUACAGUGGAUCUUUCUGUUUUCAAUUUCUGCUUCCAUUUAUUAUUCCCCGUGAUGACUAACACAGGAAUUCUGCCAGAUGAUUUAGUCCUAGGAAGCCAUGGGAAGCUUAAUACACUGCACACUGUGCCUGUAAGAAUCUCCACAGGAUUAAAAACUGACAUGUAUGAGAAUGCAAAUAUUUAUUUCAGGGAACAAAUAAAGAAAACAUAGAUAUGGUGUGCAUGUAGACUCUGUGGUGACUGGGAGAAUAUAGGCAUUAGUCACUUCCUGCUCUGUUGUACAUUGAGGUACCAGCACUGCCAUGUAUUGUAUUACUAAAGGAAAACAUGUUUUUAUUGAAAAUAAAAAAAAAAAUACAUACA